GAUUCUAUGAUUUCCAUUUAUUGUCAUAUCAACCAGUAAACAACAACACAAAUGGCUCAGGUUGCUAUUUCAACAUGUGAUAUUUGUGUUGGAGGACCAGGGGAUAACUAUUGCGAACAAUGUCAACAACUAUUUUGCGAUGGAUGUAAAAUAUCACAUUUACGGACAUCAAUGUCCAAAAAUCACACAUUUAAAAGUGGUCCUGACAACAAGCCGGAUGUUAAACAAAACUGUAAAGAACACGAUGAAAAUUUCAUAUACUACUGCAUGGAAUGUGAUACUCCAGUUUGUAAAAUAUGUGCGAUAAAAAAUCACAAAACGCAUGAUUUAUCUGAGAUUAAGGAAUCAACCAAAGCAAUAACAUCGGCAGUAAAGAAUAACAUUGAAACGAAGAUAAGAAACCUUCAGUCCAAUAUAGCCAAAAUUGAUCAAGGAACACAGAAAUACCAGACAGAUGUCAAAGAAGUCAUUCAAGUCAUUCAGGAAGAAGGCAGACAAUUGAAAGACCUUAUUGAGAAGAAGGUUGAAGCUUUAAUUAGAUCGAUAAAAUCAAAUGAAGCAAAGAAUCUGCAGACUUUACAAUUUAUGGUCAAUGAGUUUCAAAUCGCUUUGGAUAAAGCAAAGGAACAGCAGAAGAUGUAUGUUGACACACAAAGAAUAAAAGAUAACACAAAAAUGCUUCAAAGACUGAAACAAAUAAAGUCAGAAAUCAAUGCGAUAGACGAAAAACUGGUUCCCGUUAUGCCAUCAGUCGAAUAUAAUCAAAGAAAGGCAACAGAAACUGAAUUAGAGAAACUGUUUGGGGUAUUAGCAUUUGGAGAAAUUAUCAAAAGAAAAGAGAACAUGAGACAACAUAAAAAUGACAGAGACCCUACGACAGAUAAAAAAUACAGAUACAGAUGCUUUGUCUGCAAGACAGAAAUUAUUUCAGAGUAA